CAUUACGAUGACAGCAACACAUAUUAUUAGAUAGACAGGGCCAAGCUACUAUGAUCAUAGCUUCUAAGGCCACGGCACUCAAAAGGAAGCGUGCAAGUCACAAUAGAGCAAUCAACCCUGCCACAAUAGAAUUACAUGAGAACAUGGAAGCCUUAAAAUAAAGAAAGCAUUUGAAUUUGAAUUUAACAGUUGGUCUAACACUGCCUACGCUCUCCUUGCCUCUCUCUUUCUAUCAAUAUAAGCUUCCCAUACCACACCCUCUCCUACUCAAAACUCUAUCUAGCGCGUCUUUCGUCACUUGCUUUCUGUUCUUAACAACUCCUUGAGCUGUAUAAAUUUCAAUUUCUCCUUUCACCAAGAACACCCAAGCUUUUGUUUUGCUCAAUUGGAGUUCUUUGAGUGUGCUCCAAAUGGGUAUCUUGAAUGCCAAAACGAAUGUGAUCAUCGCAAUCACAGCACUCUUAGGGUACAUCACUGAACAUGGUUCUUGUGGAGUUGUGCAAUUCAUCUUUGGGGAUUCAUUGUUAGACGUCGGGAACAACCUUCAUCUCCCUAAGAGUCUUGCUCGACCCGCUCUACCAUGGUAUGGUAUUGAUUUUGGGGACGGAAUGCCCAAUGGGAGGUUUACGAAUGGCCGUACCGUUGCGGAUAUAAUAGGUGACAAGAUGGGUUACCCGAGGCCUCCAGCAUUUCUAGACCCGUCCGUGGACGAGGAUGUGAUAUUACAAAAUGGACUCAGCUAUGCUUCUGGUGGUGGUGGGAUCUUAAAUGACACUGGAUCAUUUUUUGUGCAAAAAUUUUCUCUCUACAAGCAAAUUGAGCUAUUCCAAGGGACAAAGGAAUUGAUAAGGAGGAAAAUCGGUGACAAGGAAGCUGACAAGUUCUUCGGAGAAGCUAGCUAUACGGUUUCCAUGGGCAGCAACGACUUCAUUAACAGCUACUUAAUGCCCCUCGAGGCUAACUCAUGGACAUACUCUGGAGAGGGGUUCAUCAACCUUCUGAUGACGACAUUACGGGAACAAUUGAAGCUGUUGUACAUCUUAGGGGCUCGAAACCUGACAUUCUUUGGGCUUGGACCCCUGGGUUGCAUUCCUCUUCAACGUAUGAUGAGUCCUGAUGGGGGUUGUCAGGACAGAACGAACCAAUUGGCAGUCGGAUUCAACGAAGCCGCGAGCGGGCUCAUUACAGGCCUUUCCAACGUCCUUCCCAAUGCUACGUUCAAAUACGGAGAUGCUUAUGAUGUAGUCCAAGACGUAAUUGCAAAUCCUCACAAAUAUGGUAUGAAGAACACGGAAGCGCCAUGUUGCACCCUUGGAAAGAUCCGGCCGACCUUGACGUGUACUCCGCUCUCAACCCUGUGCAGCGACAGAAGCCUGUAUGCAUUCUGGGACGAGUAUCACCCUACAGAGAGAGCCAAUGAGAUAGUUGCGAACGAGAUUAUCUCAAAGCUUGGAUAUUUGCCCGUCAAUGCAACAAAUGCCCCUUUGGGAGCACCAGUGUAAAUGGGUCAUAUAAUAUGCCAAGAACACCAUCUUUAAAUAAUCAUAAGGUUGUUGUUUAUGGAGUUCUCUGUUUUAGAAACGGAUGUAUGGAGUUGCUACAAGUUUGAAUUUAAGGUACUGCAUUAUCAUGAAAUUGUCCUGUAUUUUUGCAAGAAAUGUAAGUGUUUGCACUA